GUCUCACUGAUGUUGCCGCUAGUAGGGGUAGUCGUUAUUUGUUUACAGGGAAAUUCGACUCUUCUUAUCCAACUCGAAGAAGGAAUUAAACAACACAUUUAUGAGCUUGGUUGCUCCUCUACGUAAACAAGAAAAGAGAGAGUGCGCGAGAGAUCCUCAUCAGGCUCCAACGGAUUGUAAACCAGCGGUAUAAUCAUGGCAACCCCAAAAGAGAUGGCUCAACAACGAUCUCCGGUCAGACCAUCAGCGGCUUUGGUUCUCGCCACAUCUCCGUCAGCUGUAAGACGACCUGAGGGCAGUCAUUUGUCUUCUUCGGCACACCAAACAAUAACACCAAAGCCAAUGUGGGCGCCUCUUGAAACCGAUGCUCCCAUCACGCUAGCGUCACAAAACAACGAUGAAGUCCACGUCUGCAAGCUUUGUAGCUGCUGGUAUGAAACGAAGAAAGGUUUGUCCAGCCAUGCCCGCUUCCAUCUACGGCAGAUCGGAAUCCCUGAAAGUGAGAUCAAGGGCAGCCCUAUUGACUUUCUGUACCAGAUCAUGAAUGAGGACAAGCUCAAGUCCGUCAGCAAGGAUCGACAGGAGCCCCGUCCUCCAAACAGUCUACUUGGGACUCCCAUUAAACGUCCCUCAGAAGUGUCCACUUCACCCACGUCUCCUCCUUGUAAGCGACCAAAGCCCUCAGAGAUGUGCACCUGUACUCUCUGCGGGGAGAAAUGUAAAAACCGAAGAGGUCUGGCCAGCCAUGCACGCUCUCACCUGCGUCAGAUGGGGGUGCUUGACCUGCUGGGGAAGGCAGAGUCAGCUAUCGACACUGUCCAGGAUCUGGUGAACAGCGGCGUGUUGGAAACCAUGCGCCCCCCUAAAGUGAAAAGUACGUCCAGCUCCAACGCGAUUCCUUCUUCAGCACCAACGUCCCCACUACCUUCACCGCCUCGAUCUCCAGUCACAGGGCAAGCUAGACCCUCCUUUUUCCAGAGCCCUGCAAAGUCUCCCCAAAUUCCAGGGAAUCGGGCUCCAAAGGCUAAGAAGGGCUUUCGUCUGGCAGUGGACCCCCUCCUCAAAAAGCCCAAGCCGGAGCCUUUUGAGGUUGAUGUUUCUGCACUGAUUGGAUCUAGCUGUAGCAGCAGCAUCACCCCCACUCUGACCUCAUCACCUCCUGUAGCUUCUUCACUGUCUCUUAGUGCAGCAUCUGCAACAGAUGAACAAUCGCCACCAACAGUCCUUUGCGACUAUUGCGGUCAGCUCUUUGAGACCCGCAAAGCCCUCUCGUGCCAUGCCCGCGCCCACCUGCGUCAGCUUGGUCUCACCUGGUCAAUCAAGACGUCGCCGAUUGAUAUCCUCUAUGAUGUUAUGAUGCAGGGUGAAAACAACGAUAAGGGCUUUUUUCCCGGUGAGGCUGUAUUGUUGAAGAAAGCCUCCUUCAGCCCUCAGCGUUCUAAAAGGACAUCGGAGACAACCUCAAAUUCCUGCUCCUCACCUCUGGAUUACUCCAUGAAAGAGAAGACUCCAAGUGGCAAGAGUGAGGCUUUGAUCAUAGACAAAUCCUGCGAGGUUUGCGGCUUCGUUUUUGAAAACCGCACAGCGCUGGCCAGUCACGCACGGGCCCAUCUUCGUCAGCUGGGCAUUAGUGAAUGGAAGGCGGAAGGGGCGACCUCGCCGAUCGAACACCUGAGCGAGGUGAUGCAGAAGCACCCUGCCAAGGUGGCUGCUCUCAGAAAGCGCUAUCGAGAGGGAGACCUGAGCAUCAAGAAGAAAGGGUCUUCAUUUUCCUAUAUGUCGUCAGACUCUGAGUCUUUGCCUGCUCCCAACAUGAAGAUUUCAGGACAUUCAUUGGGCAAAGAGGACCAGGGCGUUUCUCCUGGUUCAUCCAAAAAGCCACUAGGCCACACCCACCCUGAAGCACCACGUGGAAGCACUGGUGUGCGCUCUCCAAGAGAACGUACGGUCCCGAAACAACCUCCACCUGCAGAAGAAGAAAAUCAAGGCACCAACUCCCAGCAACUAUCAAAAUCCGGCAACAUCCCGGCACUGCUGCCUAAACCUCCUCUAACUCCUUUGGUCAAACUAGUCGGAAAAGUUUAUUCCCUCAAGUGCAGAUUUUGUGAAAAAGUGUUUCACGGGCCACUGUCUGUCCAAGAGCAGUGGAUCACACACCUGCAGGAACACAUUCUCUCUCUGGGCUACAAAGGCAAAGAGUCUCCUCCUGCAGCUCCAGUCGCUUCUGCUGCUCUUAUGCAUCCAGUCGCUGUAUAGUUUCAACAACUCUCCCAAAAGAGAAGUAUGGAUGGAUCAAUAUGUGCUUUUUUUGCUAACUUUAUUUCAACAAAAUAUAACUGCCCUUCACGGUUCUAUUUAAAGGGGACCUAUUUUGCUAAACCAACAUUUCCUACCUAUUGGUACCUGUUUUUGUGUAAUUGAGAUCUGCAUUGGUCCCGGAAAAUUAAAAUCAGGCCGUGGAGGCCUUGCUGAGAUAUUUAUAAAAUAAUCUUCAUACUUCCGCUAAACGAGCUGUUUGGAAUUUGCACAACUUGCGACGUUUUUCCUAGGUAUGGUAGAAAUUUACCAGAAUAAUUACCCAUUUUAAAAAUAUGUUUAAAAUAUAUGUUUUUGUAGUCUGCCCGACAACGAGCCCAAAGUAUGAGCCGAGGAACGAAAAUGCUGAAAUGUAUUUGUUGUAUUAACCAACAUGUCACUCCACACACCUCCAGCUUCAUUUGAAGAACUAAAAAUUGCCUGGCUAACUGUUUCGUUUUGCGGCGAUGUGCCUGUAACUUGGAAGAAGUAUUUUUUCGUGUGUGCCGACCACUUCGAAGAUUCCUGCUUCACAAACAUACGGCAAUAUAAAGAUGGAUUUAUUAACAGUAGAUUGGCAUUGUUUGAAGGAUACGUUAGCAAUAAUAGCUUGAUUUGUAGUGUAGUUUGUAGCUUAACCUUCUAAUUUAGAACCACAGCCCCACCAACCUGCGAGAAUAUAAAGAAUGAUUUUCCUACGACAUACUUUUAAGAAUAAGAUUAAUGGGGCGACAGAUCUAGUAUGAACCAUUGAGAUGCGUUAAUUUCUAACCUUUCUUCCGAUGUUUCUUCAUCGGUUCCUUUUUGCUCCGGGUCUGACUCUGGAUCGUACGUAUUAUUGGAUGUUAAAAUGAAUCGUUAAAGGGGAACAUUAUCACAAUUUCAGAAGGGUUAAAACCAUUAAAAAUCAGUUCCCAGAGGCUUAUUUUAUUUUUCGAAGUUUUUUUCAAAAUUUUACCCAUCACGCAAUAUCCCUAAAAAAAGCUUCAAAGUGCCUGAUUUUAACCAUCGUUAUAUACACCCGUCCAUUUUCCUGUGACGUCACAUAGUGAUGCCAAAACAAACAAACAUGGCGGAUAGAACAGCAAGGUAUAGCGACAUUAGCUCGGAUUCAGACUCGGAUUUCAGCGGCUUAAGCGAAAUUGAAGAAGAAACAGAAGCUAUUGAGCCAUAUCGAUUUGAACCGUAUGCAAGCGAAACCGACGAAAACGACACGACAGCCAGCGACACGGGAGAAAGCGAGGACGAAUUUGGCGAUCGCCUUCUAACCAACGAUUGGUAUGUGUUUGUUUUUAAGUGUUGUAAUGUUUUUAAGCUAAAUUAUUGGUAAACAAAGUUUAUGUGUAAUAAUUUACGUAAAACCGCGAGUAAUGAAUAAAGUUUAUUAAUAUAUUCUGUAGACAUACCCUCAUCCGCUCUCUUUUCCUGAAAGCUGAUCUGUCCAGUUUUGGAGUUGAUGUCAACAGGCCAGAGAAGCUAGGGUCGAUAUUCUUCUCUUGAUCAUCUUUGGUGGCAUAAGGGACGGUAGAAGCGGUGUGAGCCAAGACAUCCAGGGGGUUUAGCUCGCUCGUCUGCGGGAACAAACUGCCGCCAUUGCUUGCCGUGCUACUGAGGCCCUUUGUCCCUGAAUAGCUCACACACACCGGCAGAUUCAAUGGGGGUCUGGCGGCAGAUUUCUUUGACUUUGUCGUUGGAAAUGCAUCUGCUUUGAGUGUCGCAGGAUAUCCACACAUUCUUGCCAUCUCUGUCGUAGCAUAGCUUUCGUCGGUAAAGUGUGCGGAACAAACGACUGACCAUUUUCGUCGGCUUUCCCCACACCCUCGUAUUUUGAACACAUUUCGUACAAUUUCUUGCCACUUUCGCAUCUUUGGGCCACUGGUGCAACUUGAAUCCGUCCCUGUUCGUGUUGUUACACCCUCCGACAACACACCGACGAGGCAUGAUGUCUCCAAGGUACGGAAAAUGUGUUUGAGAAAAUGGCGGAUUGCUUCCCGAUGUGACGUCAUCGCUCCGAGAGCGAAUAAUAGAAAGGCGUUUAAUUCGCCAAAAUUCACCCAUUUAGAGUUCGGAAAUCGGUUAAAAAAAUAUAUGGUCUUUUUUCUGCAACAUCAAGGUAUAUAUUAACGCUUACAUAGGUCUGGUGAUAAUGUUCCCCUUUAAUGUUUCAGCUUAAAAGUUAAAUAUACUUAGAAUAAGAGAUUUUUCAGUAUUUUGCUUGUGGGAAGCUUCUCUCUCAAACUACAAAUAUGGCCGCCGAGGCGGGGAUGAAGGUUCAGUCAGCGGGAGGGGGUGAGGUGGGGCAGCUAAAAAGUGGCUGGAAGAUAUGUCUUGACAGUAAAAGGUAUGCAAUACUAUGACCAAAUUACCAUCAUUACAUGUUAUGUAGACCACUGUACCCCAACUACCGGUGCGUGACGCAUUUGCUACCGGGCCGCACAGAAACAAUAAUUAAUUUAUAAACUACCGCAUUUUCUCUGACUUAACUUCCGCCUGUCAAACUCAUUUUAGAUCGGGGGCCACAUGGAGAAAAAUCUACUCCCACGUGGGCCGGACUGGUAAAAUCACGGCACGAUAACUUAAAAAUAAAGACAACUUCAGAUUGUUUUGGUUUUUUUUGGUAAAAAAUUAAUGUCGUUUUUUUACACUUACAUGUUGCGGUCAAUAGUAUUCUAUCUUUAUUUGUCGUUAUUUAUACUUUCUGAAUAAAUUAUGUGAUAUUUUUUAUCAGUCAAGUCAUUGGUGUUAAUUUUAUCUAUCAAAAAAAUAAUAAUAUCAAAAUCAAAUUACAGAAUGUUAUUUAUGUAGUUUGCAAAUUUUCCUUGACUGAUGCACUAACAACAUGUGGUUUAUUUGUUUUACAUAUGUAGCAUCAUCUACAAAGAUACAAAGAAUUGCUAUUGCGACAUCUAGUGGACACAUUUAGAACAGUAGGUUCUUUUAUUAAAAAAUUUGGGCUCAUUUUUAUACCGUAUUUUCCGCACUAUAAAGCGCACCAGAUUAUAAGACACACCUUCAAUGAAUGGCAUAUUUCAAAACUUUGUUCAUAUAUAAGGCGCACCGGAUUAUAAGGCGCACCUAUGCAUCCAUUAGAUGGAGCUGCGCUAAAGGGAAUGUCAACAAAACAGUCAGAUAGGUCAGUCAAACUUUAUUAAUAGAUUACAAACCAGCGUUCUGACAACUCUGUUCACUCCCAAAAUGAAUAAACAGCUGUUUUAUUAUUUCCCCCGAGGUAAAGUCAGUGACGUGGUGUUUUGUUUAUCUUUUAACAACAGCAAGGUAUAACAUGUAGUGCAACAUUUAUAUCACAUAGUGGAGGGGAACUUUUCCCUGAUUCAAUAAACACGUAAAAAACAGUCUGAUACUGUUACGGUAAAUCAAACGUUAGUGCAAUCACAAUAUAGUAACACUCCAAAUAGUGCAAACAAUAACAAUAUAUCAAUAACUCAACGUUGCUCAAACGUUAAUGUCGCACAACACAACACACAAAAUAAACAUGUAAAGCUCACUUUAUGAAGUUAUUCCUCAUCCACGAAUCCCUCGAAUUCUUCUUCUUCAGUGUCCGAAUUAAACAGUUGGGCUAAUACGGCAUCCAACAUGCCCGUCGAAGUCGUAAUUAAUCGAGUCAGUGUCGCUGCUGAAAAUGGGGAAAAUGAAGUCAGCGGCUGCUUACCGUAGUUGCGAUUGAUUGAUUGAUUGAAACUUUUACCUGUUGGAGGCUCAAUAUUGGUACAUAUAUAAAGCGCACCGGAUUAUAAGGCGCACUGUCAGCUUUUGACAAAAUUGGAGGUUUUUAGGUGCGCCUUAAAGUGCGGAAAAUACGGUAUUUCAUGGCCACUGUAAGAUUACACACAGUUUGAACAGUAACACUGUGUUAGGAUAUAGGAAAAUAAAACGUUGUACUUUAAUCAAGUGAUUCUUUGGCGUACCACAAGAUGGAGCCUGUACCACAGUUUCUGAUUUAGACCAAAAGAAAGUGUUUUGAAAAUAGAAAAAAAAAACCUUCAUACUAGGUCCCCUUUAAAUUAAUAGCCCAAAGUUUUGCUGCUUGAUUUUAAGCAAUUUUAUGAGGGACCAAACCUUGCACCAGAAACAUUUUUAAAGAGUUUACUGUGACAAAUGUUCAAAAGAGUCUUUUACUUAAACAUUGUCCUGCCAAACUGGACUUUCUGUACUUAAGAUAGUCUGCAGGUACAGAAUGAAUGUUUUUCUCUACUCUUUUUAUUAUAUUUGCUCAUUUUCACUACAUGUAAAUUAAAUCUGUCUCGUGUACA